AUGUUGCCCAGUGCGAUGACGCCAACGGCAGAGAACGUGUCUGCUAUGACGGCUGUGUUUGUAAGUCCACGCAGCACUCAAGCUCGUCAGAGUACCAUAGCAGCCAAUGCCGUGUUGCGUUAUGACUUCCGCUCGAAUCCUACAUGGGGGUCUGCACGCGAGGAAGGAGGGCAUGUAGAGGUAAUGGAAGAAGCUGUUGUCGAUGUUCAAGCAUUUGGGCGGCGGGCAGUGGUUGCGCAGAGCGCAGGCAUGGCAUCGGCUUAUCUCUCAACUCGCGCCCGCGACCUGGCCUUCAAAGUCAAACGUCAAGCUCGGGCUCGAAGUUGGAUCAAUCAUCAUUUCGCAUCCCCUGCCCGUCCGCGCGGUCCGAGUUUUUUCUUUCAGACUGAACACUCGCUGGAGGGAGCUGAGGAGGCAGUGACACAAGCUGGUGUGUCGUGGCCAGUUCUCCACCCUCGUCUCCUUGUUCGAUACUGGCCUAGCAACGGGGUACGAUACACACAAAUAUCAGCUCAACGAGUAUCACUCCCACCGGCAAAUACUCAGGGAUUCAAUAGCGUUAUGAUGGCUCGUUGGUAUGGGUGAUGAUGGCUUGUGGUUGAUGAUGGCUCGUGGGUGAUGACAGGUCACUGGUGUUGACAGCUCCCCUCCCUCAUCUGAUGGCUUCUAUACUUCUACUCCAUCCAUCAUUGUCACGUAGAUAUUCAAUGUAUUCUAUAUAUUUU